AAUGGGAAUCCAUCUGAAGCUGAUGGCGCGAGCGAAGGACAUGAAGAAUCUAUAUAGUUGACUGAUGUAUGUCACAAGACAUAUGCUGUUUAGGACCAGGGCAUGAUCGACUUGGCAUGAUGAUUCUACAAGGUGGAGCAGAGCCUUGUCACUAUGGGGAGUCCCUGUCGUUGUCCACACGGAGAUUCUGGUCCGGUGAGUCAUGAUGGUGUGCUGAUCUCCUUGCCGUAUCCUGAAGCACUACAUGGAAGAUAUCGAGAUGAAGCAAAACUACCAUUCAUUGUCAGCGAGGUGAGGCCAUCGUGAAGUCUGGGGAAGAUCUCACAAACCGAGACCUUUUCAAGGAUGAGCCGCAUGAUGGAACCCCGGCCUGGUGACCGAGAUUGGGGCGAGUUAGGGCCAAGGCGAGCGGAGGGAGACGCAUAAUAUCGCGAUUGGAGAAAAGGAAUGAAGCUAUCGUCAGGUCAAACCGGCCGAUGGAUCAACCGGGCAUCAACAACACGGCAGCGGUGCCUUGCAGAAAUGUCAAAGCCGGAGCUUGGGUCCCCAGAAAAUACCUAAAGUGGAAAUGGCUGAACAAGACCUGCAGAUUGCCUAGCAGCAUUACGUCAAGCGUCGCUAGAAAAUUUAAACAUGACAGCUUCGUUAGCGGCGAAUGGGGCAGCGACAGCAAGUCUUGCUGUUUAGUUACCUAUAGCUUGUUGCGGGAUGAGUUUGCGGGGAUGCAGCACAUCGAAAGCGAAAAUUGUGUAAGCAAGUACCUUACUUUAGAUACUGAGCUAAGGCAAAGACAUUGCAUUAACUGACAAGCAACAAAGAAGACUUCCAUGGAUACUUUGCCAUGCGCGGAAUGAAAUCUCCGACCACAGCUGAUCAGGGGAGAGGGGAAAAAAUGAAAACAAAUUACCAUCCAAUGC